CCUCGUCAACUCCUUUCGGUAUCGAACGGCGCUCAACCGCGCGAGUCCCGCCGGAGUGCAAGGACGUUUGUUGAUGUCGCGGCGGCGUUUCGCUGCGGGAAUCCCCGUCUCUUUCUUAUUUUUUUGGUCGCCGUGAAGUGCAUUGUGCGACGCGGGUUAAGUGACCAACUUACCCAUUGCAACAAACUCCCCAAUUUUUUUGUUCGACUGGAGUUUUGAUUUGGCUGGGGUUUGGGGUACCCCCCCCCCUUUCUCUCCUUGGAAUUCCCUCUUUGGAGUUGAUUUACUUGUGGUUGCAAACUACCGUCUCGGUUUCCGUCCAACAUCCCUGCGCUGUGGAAGGAAGGACCAGAAAGAAGCCGCCGCUUAUCCUAUCGGGUUGAACGAAGCUCUGUCUUCAAUUAUAUUCCUUGUGGUUGGUGAACUAUAAAUUUCGAUGAGUCAGAUUAUUUAUAUAUCCUAAGAGACAAGCCAAAAGGAAUAUGACAUUAUCUAAGAAAACGUCAAGCCAGGACACCUAGUGGACUAAGGAUUUCUGUUGGAGAAAUCUUUUUUUUCCUUUGAAAAUAUAUAUAUUUAUAUAUACAUAUAUAAGAAUACCAUUAUUGUAGUGCCUUGCUGUUGUUGGCAGUUGGAAGACAUGUCCAUUGCACUCAAGCAAGUUUUUAAUAAGGACAAGACGUUCCGUCCCAAACGAAAAUUUGAACCUGGGACCCAGAGGUUUGAGCUUCACAAACGAGCACAAGCCUCACUCAAUUCUGGAGUGGACCUGAAGGCAGCUGUGCAGCUGCCCACCGGAGAAGAUCUAAACGAUUGGGUUGCUGUUCAUGUAGUUGACUUUUUCAAUAGGAUCAAUCUGAUUUAUGGAACUAUCUGUGAGUUUUGCACAGAGAGAACCUGCCCUAUGAUGUCAGGUGGGCCUAAGUAUGAAUACCGGUGGCAGGAUGAUCUAAAGUACAAGAAACCUACAGCAUUACCAGCACCCCAGUAUAUGAAUCUUUUGAUGGACUGGAUUGAGGUGCAGAUCAACAAUGAGGACAUAUUUCCAACUAGUGUAGGUGUACCAUUCCCCAAAAACUUCCUCCAGAUCUGCAAAAAGAUCCUGUGCAGGCUAUUUCGGGUGUUUGUACAUGUUUACAUUCAUCACUUUGACCGCAUCAUAAUCAUGGGGGCUGAGGCCCAUGUCAACACCUGUUACAAGCACUUUUAUUAUUUUGUCACAGAGCUCAACCUCAUAGACCGUAAGGAACUAGAACCUUUGAAAGAGAUGACAACCCGGAUGUGUCAUUGAAGAACAGUAGCUGUAUGGAGGAGAGAAAAAGAAAAGAGGAAGCAAUAUUCUGCUAACUGAAGAAAGGCUAGAAGAUAUACCAGUCCUGUGUAGGCCAGGGCUUGCCUUCUUAUUCUUAAACAGCAGGAAAGUUAGAAACAGAAGAUUAUUGCUUUCACACACACUUGGCACCAAUAAGUACAUUAACCACACUGCUAAGUACUCCCUUGGAACACUGUGGAUAACCUGUAAAGGAAAAAAGAAAAAAAAAGCUUUUGUUUUGUUUUGCAUAGACCCUGAGUGAUUGAGGAGGAGUUCCAAAUCAAUUCCAACUUUCUGUUCUUAGAACUUUACUACAGAUGUGCUUUCUAACCUUGAUUUUGAUACAGACCUUAAGUCACUAAACUGUGAUGAUAUUAUUGCACAGGCAGCCUCUAUGAAAAGCCUUAGCAAUAGCCUGUUCCUUUUCAUUUCUUCAAAUAGGGAAAUAAGUCACUUGGCACUUAAAAUAGUUGAAUGUGUAUUUGACCAAGGCCUGAAACAUCUAUUUUAGAAUAUAGGCAGGGAAGAAGUUAAUGACCCAGUUGAAUGGACAAAAUGUUUUUUCCAUUUAUAACUGGCAUGGCUGCUUAUCCAGAUAGUGGCUUUUGAAACACUUCCAACUGUCCAUAUGCAUCUCAUUGGUUUUCUUUAUAGCUGUGUACAUGGACUGCCAUAUGAGGUUAUCAGUUUGCAUCUUAGCAGCAAGAACCACAGUGCCCAAAUCCUUGGGAUCACUAAUAAAAGCAGUGAGUUCUAUCAUAACUGGCUGCUCAUGCCAAGGACACAUCUGUUUUCUAGGCAUGGGCAAUAUAAAAAUGUUCCAUCUUCGCAUUUGCAUGAAUGAUAACCAAGACAAAAAUCCAUUGAUGUGCAGGGCAAACAGUUUGUAUCCUUAUUUGGAAAAAAAAGUGAUUUGCAUCUCUGUCCAAAUAUAUUUGUGUGCACAAAAAGAAGGGGAAGACUGCUCAGGGAGAAUCCAGAAGAGAAAAACCUCCAUGGAAAAAGGCCAGGUAGUACAGAAAAUGAAAACCCCAUGUAUUGACCCAAAAAGCAUCUACUUAGAUUCAUUUCCUAGUCUUAUUGAAACUAGAGUGACUGCAGGGCUCUUCAGAGUGCUAAAUUCAACGUGCAAAUACACAGAGCAAGUGUAGUAAAACCUCUAGACUUUGCUGAUAUUGUAUUUCAUACUGUGAUCAUAUCUAUGCAGCUUUGUAGACUGUCUUUAUGUUUUUCCACAUUUCCAGGUAAAUACACUGAACUACCACUGUGCCUCAAUUAAUAUGUCUUUUACUCAGUUGCUUUUCUUUUUGACAAUUAUUGUACCUAUCCAGAAAUUGAUGAACUUAUGUGAUUAUAGAGGUGUAAAUCUAGAGCUGGUAUGAAGAACAUGUCCAAUUAAGAUUUUUAAAACAUUGGAACUGCAGAACACUUUCUUGGAUAUUAUUCAUAAUCAAUGCACUUGUACGUGCAAGAGAUAUAUGAAUUGUACAUAGAGAUAAUUGGAAUACACACACAUACAAAUACAGUAAGUGCUUCUCAUUGCUUCCUAGUCAUUUUUGGUUUUUCUCUUAAUUUGAAAAACAAACAUGUUGUUAAGCAAAAAUGAUUAUUAGGCUGAAGAUGGGAUUAGAAAUUCUAGUUUUAUUUCUUUCAAUAUGUGACAAAAAUUCUUUCACAACUUAAUAAAUAGCAAAUUGUCCAAUGGGAUAUUCCAAAAUUAAUAUUGGUGAUUUCAAUGAACUGCGGAAGAGUAUCCAUAACUAAAUAAUUAAUGAGCUUUUACUGAUGGAGUUUUAUCUUCUUUAAUUAAGAAGAUAAAGAAUACAAGGGAACAAUAAUGUAUUUGUGUGGUACAUUUCUUUAAAUUUAAUGAUAUAAUUUUAGAAUUGGUUCUAGAAUUUAGAGUAUCUGAUACGUGUUCUUUCAUGCCUCAACAUUUUUGCUGACCCUAUACAAUUUGUUCUUCCUGAGCUUUUCCAAAAUCAAUAUUAGAACAUAAUGCAAAUAAGAUUUAUAAAUGUAGAUACAUUAUUUGAGUGUAUUAGCCACAAAUAAUAAUAUAACUAAAUGAUGCUGGGGAUUGAUUUGUAAGAAUUUGUUUUUUUUAUAUUGAUACGUUCUUACAAGAAUUUAAUACCAACUUUAACAUGACUUCAAGAUAAUUUAUAUCGAAUUACAAAUUCUAGCAUCCAGGACUGGUUUGUUUUAGUGAUGUGUCCUAAAUUAAGAUACAAAACAAGCUACCUAAAAGUCAAUGAAUUCUUUUCUUGAGUGUCACACAUAUGCUCAGCAGCAAAGAAUAAAAUGAACUUCCUUCUGAAAUAGAUGCUAGUCUAAAUUGGUUCCUUUUUGCUUAUUUGUUUUUAUGUCUGUCCAUUUUUGGUUUCAAAUUCUGAAGUUACAGGAUCCUUCGGCUCUUUGCUGUAAUAUCACAGAAUCAGUUUCCCUGGGAUGAGUCCAGAAGAGAAAUUUAUAGCAAGAGUACUUCCACUAUUAUUCUAUAUGUAGUUUUUAUAAAACAUGGAGACCAAUAUAUCCAGUCUUUCUAAUACUUGGUUUUGUUUUGUUUGGGUUUUUUGCUGUAUAAAGAACUUUUAAGUUGGGGAUUGCUUCUCGUUUGGGACUUAACGGUAACUUAAUAAUAGAUUAUUUUGAAGAAAUUAAACAAGAGGAGCUAAUAUAUAGAUCAGAACCACAUUCUGUUUGAUGGAGGAAUGGGGCAAUUAGAGUUAAAUGAAGCAAUAACCAGCAGAUCUGUGUUAAUCUAUACUGCACGCAGUGACCAAACUCUAAGUCCUUACUUAGAAAAAGCAAAGAGCACAGUUUGACUUUUGUAAUUUGAAGAGACAGAGAGUAUGUAUAUUUGAAACUGGAA